CCAGCGCGCAUGCGCCUGAUGACUUUGAAAAUGGCGGAGGAAUUGAAUGAAUGAAAUGCAAAUUUUUAAAUGUUUUUAAUUGCUCUACUAGGAAUUGGAUCUAGCUGAUGAGGCAUGGACAGAUUCAAUGAGUAUUCACUGCUGCCUGACACAGUGUAUAGCAGGCCUUACCUCUCUUCAACUCCAGAUGUCCUGCAGUCGAGAAGGUACCGAGACUUGAACAUGAACCAUAGUUUGAACAGCUUAGGGAGAGGGAGUCUAUUUGGGGAGAGGAUGACAUUUGGUUCACCCAGUUACCCCUCCCCUCUGGACAGAAUUCGGGCUGACAGAGCAGAUCUCCGAUAUGCUGCAGAGCUCAAUGGGGUGAGAGAAUCGUCAUUUGAAAUAAACCAGUCCUUUCCCAAGAUGACAAAAUCAGCCAGGUGUCUGGAUGAAACUAUGGCAAAACCAAAGGCCAGGAAACCAAGUUCAAAGGAGAAAUACGAAUUAGGCUGUGAAUUCAAUGACGUAAGCUUCAGUCCUGGUCAGAACAAAAGUUCCUUUACCUGCGACCUCCACCCUGACAGACAAAACUGGUCAUUUUACAGCUACAUAGGAGGGGCACAGUCAGGGUCGGUCUAUCCAACCACCAUCCACAAUCCAAAUAAAGCUAUCUGCACCAUUGACUCAGUGUCAUCAGAGAUUUUGAUUGCCAAUGAUAUGGCCUGCGAACUGUUUGGGUAUGAAACAGAAGAACUUUUGGGUAAAAAGCUUAAAGAUUUAAUUAAGCUGAAACCCAAGGAGCAGGCCACAAUAAUGGAAUGUCACUUUGAUGAAACAUCAGGGAAUAUUGUCAGUCUUGCUGGCAAAGUGGUGGAUGCCGUUGAUAACAAUGGACUAGUCAUGCCAAUAUCUGUGUGGGUCAAAAGGUUAGACCAGGAAAAAGAACAGAGGGCAUUGGUUGUCAUGGAACCAGUGGAGAGAACUGUUGCUAUGGUGACAUUUAAUGAUGAGGGAAGAGUUUUGUCCUGUGACCAUCAGAUGGCAUACUUGUAUGGCUAUUUUUCACCAGAUGACCUGGAGGGUCUGAAAAUAAAGCAGUUAAUUCCUUCCUUAAAGUUACCAGCUGCAGGACAGCCACUGGAAAAGGAAAUUAGAAAACAGAGAGCAACAGGGAGAACAAAGGAUGGAGCCUCUUUCCCUCUCAGUCUGUCAAUCAAGCUGGCAACAGAAGUGGAGAAUUCCAGCUACGCAUCUGCAGGAGCCCUUCAUGAUGAUGGAGAAAAUAUAUAUGUUGGUGUUUUGUGGGUGUUCUCCAACAUCAGUGGCCUUGUUACCUUGCUUCCAGAUGGAACUAUUAGCAGUAUCAAUGAAAAUUUCGCCCUGAUGCUGUUUGGGUAUUCUAGUGCAGAUCUCAUAGGGAAGGACAUUUCAAUUUUGAUCCCUGAUUUCUAUGACAUCUUGGAGCUUGAGGAGAAUUCAGAGGCUGGCAGUUAUCACAGUGAACUUAGCAACUCAAACCCGUCACCAGGGAACAAGAAAGAUAUACAGGAAGUGGACAGUAGUGAUGACCAGGGUAUAGGGAGCAGUAUAACCUCUAACCAAUGUCCCCCUGUUAUUGACCAUCAUCCACUGCUGGGUCCUGGGGUCACAUCAACCCCCAACAGAACUCAGACUGUGUCAUUCUUCAGGAGAGGAUCUGAUAAAGGGUCAGGGAGUGAGGUGGAAAUCUCCCCAUUGGCUGUUGGCCUGAAGGAAGAUCUAAUUGGUCGACUAGAAUUGAGUGACAGUGAGGAGGAGGGGCCUUUUGCUGACAAGGCAGCCAUUUCUGUUAUCCGAACAGAUGCAAGAUCACCAGAAAACAACCACAGUAAUGUAUCUAACUCCAGUACUGAGACAGUUCCUACAGCAAGGGAGGUCACCAGGAAUGUAGCUGUGAAGCAGGAAGUGAAAGAGAAAGAACACUCUUGUCCUCCUAGUAAAUUUUCUGAAGAGAAUGUGGAUGGUAAAGAGAAGUUUGGAGAGGAAAAAAUGAAUGGAUCUGGUCAAGUGGAAAAAAUAAUAGUAGAUUGUGUUGAAGAUAAAAUUUCUAUUGUGUGUAGUUCUAAUGAUAAAGAAGUCCAGCCUCAAGAGCCAACAAUGUCAGCACAGGCUCCAGUUAGAAGUGAAAAAAGCAGUGAGAGCUCACCAGAAAAGGUAACUGACAGUGACCAAGUCAUUGUAGACAGGACAGAAUUUCUCCAAACACUUCAAGACACAAAUAAAAUAUUGAUGGAGAUUCAGUCAAGUAUUGGAGAUAAACAGCCUAUUGAUAAUAAGAAGUUAAGCAAAGACUAUGUGGAAAAGGAAACGAGUGAAGAGGUGCCAAAAAUUGUAGAGACAGAUGAAAAACAUCAGAGUGAAAAACCAGACUUAAAUGUUUCAAAUUCUACAAUAGAGCUGUUAACUGCUAAUGUGGAAGUGUUAGAUUUGGGUGAUUCAGGAUGCAAGAAGAGGAAUGUUAAGGGAGAAAGGGAAUCCUCUUUUGGGGACAAAUCAGGGACGCUAGCAGACAUUAGCAGCAGUGUUCAUUCUAGUGCUAUUUUAAAAGACAUUUCCAGGGAGAGUCUCAAGGAAGAUUUAUCUUUCCCUGCAAGUCAUGACUACAUUCCAAAGUGCAAUACAGAAUGUGUUACCAAUGAUAUUACCAGUAGUUCCAUAGAAAAUUCUGUAGAUUUUGUAGAGAGUGUACACAAUUCACUAGCUCACCAGAUUAGGAACAGCUCGUGUCAUUCCAGUGGGCGCAGCACUGACCACCAGAUGACCAGCGAGUCAUCAUGUGAUCCAAUGUCCAGUUACAACCACAGCAGCUUUCUGACCGACAGUGUGAGUUUUCACGAGAGAGACAGCGGGUGUAGUCCGAGGAAGCACAAAAGAAGGGACAGGAAAACCAAUCCCUCUAAUCAACAGAGCACAUCAUCCUUCUCCUCAGCGAGUCAAUCCAUGGCAUUCCCCGAGGGGUCAUAUGCUGGACAAGGAAAACACAAAGACAGGUCCUAUUUAGGGAUAAUAUUUCAGAUAAAGCGGGUGACGUUGGAGGAUGGCAGUGUCAGAUACUGUAUGUGGGUCUCCAGAGACCCUGAGGAGCCGGCCGAGGGGGGCAGAUCAUUCGCCAAUCUUACCCUGGCCACAACCCUCAACAGCACCAUGGACCGCUCAGGCAACUUUAGUCUGGGAGAUUUACUGGCAGAAAAAGCUUGUUCUGAGUCCAAAGUGGAGGAUAAGGAGGAUGACCUGUCCCACAGAAGCACGGAGGAGCAGGGGGAGGAGGAGGGACCCUCCCCAGGGAGGGGACUCUACGACAUUAAAUACCACACCCUUAAUGCCAUCGGCAAGGGAGCUUUUGGAUUUGUGAAGUUAGCCAGGAGAAAAAUUGAUGAGGAAGAGGUUGUGGUGAAGUUUAUCAAAAGGAAUAAAGUGUUGUCAGAAUGCUGGACAGUGGAUCAGAGGGGUCAAAGGCUACCGCUGGAGGUGUCACUUCUGAAGAUGCUACAUCAUCCAAACAUUGUCAGGGUCCUAGAGGUGUUUGAGAAUGAGGACUUUAUCCAGAUGGUCAUGGAGAAACAUGGCAGUGGUAUGGACCUGUUUGAAUUUAUUGAUCGCUCACCAAUGUUGGAUGAAGCACUUGCCAGCUAUAUUUUCAGACAGAUUGUAGAUGGUGUAGCCUACCUGCAUAACCUUAACAUUGUCCAUCGGGACAUUAAAGAUGAGAAUGUCAUUCUUAAUGAGAACUUCCGGAUAAAGUUGAUUGACUUUGGAGCUGCAGCUUACAUGGUGCCAGGGAAACUGUUUGGAACAUUCUGUGGCACUAUGGAAUACUGCAGCCCUGAAGUCCUGCUGGGAAAUAGAUAUCAGGGACCUGAGCUUGAAAUGUGGUCACUAGGAGUUACUCUGUACACACUGGUCUAUGGAGAAAAUCCAUUCUUCGAUGUAGAAGAGACUAUAAAAGGGAAGCUUAAGCCUCCUUUCCAGGUUUCAAGAGCUCUGACACAUUUACUCUCUGGACUGCUGAACCCCAGUCCAGCCAAGCGGUUAACCAUAAAGCAUUGUCAGAGAGACAUAUGGACCAAUCAACCAGUUGAUCCUACACAGUAUUCCUGGACGGAAGUUCUGCCAAACUGCGAAUUUCAUGUAAACACUGCCUCAGAUAACAGAAUCGACUCUCCAGAGUCCAAACACAACACAAAGGUAGCCGCCUCCAGCCACACAGACAGAUAUAUAGACAAAGUAUACACAGACGAGGACUAUGUUCAAACUGUCCCUCCUUUCUCCCCUCCAAGCUAUCAGACACACACCCUGAACUCUAAAUAUAGCUCUAUUGUGGAUGUUUAGCAGUGACUGCGUAAAAUCUUAAUUGAGGGGAAUAGUGCUUCCUUUCUCAGUUUUCUGUUUUGGUUGUUGGGAAAGAUAAGGUUUACUUAUGUGAAUGGUUGUAGAUAUGAUAAAUAGGAGCUUACAAUUAAUAGUCUGAUGAUAAAUCAAAAUACUUCAAGUUUAUGUUUCUUUACAUUAUAUUAUGCCGUUUACGAUGUAUAUUGUGCCACAUUUUACUUGUAUUUAUCCUGGUGCUGUUUAUUUUUUCAUGUAGCAGUUUAUUUUUUUUAAAAGGUUGAUUUGAACUUUUAGCCUUAUGAUAUACAUUAAAGUUGUGUGAAUAUUAUAGAUGCAUAUAUAGAUGGAAGAACAUAGCAAUAUAGAUCUAUGCAAUAUGUCUAAAAUAUUUUGAUUUUGUUGCUGUUGCCUACAAUACAUGUUCAACUUGCAUUCUUAUUUGUGCCAUGGUUGAAAAUCUAUAUAUCAGGGUUAUAACAGUUUCUUCAGAAGCUCAGACAAUAAUUUUUAACCUUACACUUCCUUUUCUGUUGUUAAGGAUAAACAAUAAAUAUUUAUUUGUCUGUUUUAUUUUUCUGAAAAGCAAUAUUUUUGACUUAAUAUGAAUUAAUAAAGUGAAGAUAAUA